CGCAGCCUUCGUAAUUGAUAUAUUCUAUUCCGGUGUGAUGUGAGCACUCAGGUGUUCCGCGAACUUCAUACUUAUUAAGUCGAAAAAUAAGCGUCUAAACGACGAUUAGGACGCGCUUGAUUUGACGUGCACGCGACACUCGAGUUGUCAUACGCGCGAACGAGAUUACUGAUCACGUUGAAUUAUUAUCGGAGCAAUGAAUUCACCGGGCGAUGCAUUGUAGGUUGAGUUUUUUUUAUGACAAAUGUGUGAAUUGUUGACUUACUGAAAUUUAAUUUUAUUAUAUAAAAUAUGGUGAAGCUAGUUGUGCCAAGAGUACAUUGGACAAGAUUUGUAUCUUUACAAUGUUUGUCAGCAAAGCCAAAAACUAUACUCAAUGAUAAAACAUUAAAUUUGAUUUCUAACAAUGGCCUAAAAUAUAGGCAUCAUCCUGGUAUUGUCAAACCUAGAACACCAGUAUUCUCAUCAUGGACAUCCAUGGAAAUAGAAAAUAUCUUGAAAGGUGCGUUAACUACUUCUGAGUCUUCAGAAUUUCUUCAACAAAAGAUGGAUGAACAAUGCACAACAGUAGACACUUCUGAUGAAAGAAGUCUCGAAGAAAAUGAGUGAACUAAUGAAGAGAGUUCUGAGGAUUUCACCUCUGAAACUUUGAAUAAUGAAAGCAAUAGUAGUAAAAAAAAAGUAAUAAU